AGAUGUCGUUAUAAUCGUAUAACGCAUGUUUCAAAUUGAUCAACCCGGCAAGUAACCUUGAAACUACGUAAAUAACAUUACCCUUUUAUUAAAAAUUCAUUUAAUACUUAAUAAUAAUGACGCUCGAUAAUUCAUGGCAUAUAAUCAAAACUGCAGCUGCAGAGAAUAAACAUGAAUUAGUGUUGUCAGGUCCGGCAAUUUCUGAAUUGAUUCAAAAAAGAGGCUUCGACAAGUCUUUAUUUAACCUAGAGCAUUUGAAUUAUUUGAAUAUUACACAGACAUGUUUACACGAAGUGUCAGAAGAAAUUGAAAAAUUGCAAAAUCUAACAACAUUGGUAUUGCAUUCGAAUGAGAUUUCGAAGAUACCUAGCACAAUCGGGAAAUUAGAAAAACUAAAGGUUCUCGAUUGCUCUAGGAACAAGUUGACGUCUUUACCAGAUGAAAUCGGUAAACUUCCACAAUUAACAACUAUGAACUUCAGUUCGAACUUUUUGAAAUCAUUACCUACACAAAUUGACAAUGUUAAGUUGACUGUUUUGGAUCUUUCGAACAAUCAGUUUGAAGAUUUUCCUGAUGUGUGCUAUACAGAAUUGGUUCAUCUUUCUGAAAUCUAUGUUAUGGGAAAUCAAAUAAAAGAAAUUCCUACAAUUAUAAAUCAACUUCCAUCUUUAAAAAUAAUAAAUGUAGCAAACAAUAGAAUUUCAGUCAUUCCAGGUGAGAUCGGUGAUUGUAAUAAACUCAAGGAACUUCAGUUAAAAGGAAAUCCAUUGUCAGACAAAAGAUUAUUAAAAUUAGUUGAUCAAUGUCAUAAUAAACAAAUAUUAGAAUAUGUAAAAUUGCAUUGUCUUAAACAAGAUGGUUCUGUUAAUUCAAAUUCAAAAUCAAAAAAAGGAAAAAAGGUACAAAAGUUAUCAGAAAGUGAAAAUAAUGCUAAUGUAAUGGAUAAUUUGACACACAAAAUGAAAAUACUAAAAAUGGCAAAUGAUACACCAAUAAUUAAGGUUACAAAAUAUGUGAAAAAUAUUAGACCUUACAUUGCAGCUUGUAUUAUUAGAAAUAUGAGCUUCACAGAAGAUAGUUUUAAAAAAUUUAUUCAACUUCAAACUAAAUUACACGAUGGCAUAUGUGAAAAAAGAAAUGCAGCUACUAUUGCUACACAUGACUUAAAAUUGAUUACUACUGGAGAUUUAACAUAUACAGCAAAACCACCAAAUGAAUUAGAAAUCAAACCAUUAAUGCGUAAUAAAGUUUAUACUGGUUCUGAACUAUUCAAACAAUUACAAACUGAAGCUGAUAAUUUAAGGAAAGAAAAAAAACGCAAUGUAUAUUCUGGCAUUCAUAAAUAUCUUUAUCUAUUAGAAGGUAAACCUUACUUCCCUUGUUUGUUAGAUGCUUCAGAACAAGUUAUAUCAUUUCCACCUAUAACGAAUAGUGAUAUUACAAAAAUGUCAAUAAAUACCCAAGCAAUAUUAAUAGAAGUAACCAGUGCUUCGUCCUAUCAAAUUUGCAGGAAUGUAUUAGAUCAAUUUUUAAAGGAACUAGUUACUUUUGGUUUAGGAUGUGUCUCAGAACAAGAAAAUGCUUCAAAUUAUCAUAAAUUAGUCAUAGAACAAGUAAAAGUAGUAGACAUGGAAGGUAAUAUGAAAUUAGUAUAUCCUUCAAGAGCAGAUUUAAAUUUUGCAGAAAAUUUUAUAACAGUAUUACGCGAGUAAUAAAUUACUGUAAGUAAUUAAAUUGUUCUUUAAUCUUGAUCUAAUCUGCAUUUUUCUUUCUUAAUCUUUUUAACUAUUAUUUUUUUGAUUGAUAACUUGUAAAUCUAAAUUAUUUUCAUAUUAUUAUUUUUCAUAAAUAACACAUUAUUUUCAUAUGCCAAAUUGUAAUUUUUUAUUUGUUACUCUGUGAAAAUCUUAAGAUUAGUAUGCAAUGUAUAUAAUAUUUGCAUAUUUUAUACAGAAUCUUUUUGGUAUGUAUCAAUAUAAUUAUAUUUUAAUCAUAAUAUUUUUAUACUGAGAUUUGAAUCUAUGUAAAAAUAAUAACAAUAAGUGUUUUAUGUUAUGAAAAUCAAAAACUGGAAAAUAAAU